AAGUCUGGCGGAAAAGAGUGGAACUUCAAAUCAAUUUUCCAACUUACAUAUCAAGUCUCCUAACUCCAGAUUUAUUCCCUGUUCAGUCAGUUUCUUAUAUUCAACGGUGAUGCACUAGUCUCCUAACUACAGAUUACGUUUCCAUAUUCGAUUAGCCAGCUUCCCUUAUUUAUAAUCAAUCUCGAGUCACGAUUUGAUUUAAAAUGCUUUCGAGUAUUGUGUUCUUGAGAUUGAUUUGAUCUGAUCUGAUCUUCGAAUUCUAGUUCCGGAAAGUUUCAAUUGAUUUUCGAUCAAAUCCAAUCCAAUCCAAUCAGAGUUGGUGAAUCGAUCUGAUUUCAUGUCUUUGAUUGAUUUGAUUGAAUAGGAUUAACCAAACCGGGAAAUCGAUUGAUUUUUAUAAACCGGUUUAGUCGAUUUUCUGAGAUGGUAUACCUCCAGAGCUCUCAAUCACCGUCGUCGAUCAAUCACCGAUCAUGGCGAACUACCACCACCAUAAACCAAGAACCACCACCAGAAAAUCAUCGUCUUCAUCAUCAUCAUCAUCAUCAUCAACCGUCUGCUGCGACGGAUCUCGAUCAGCAGCCAUCGACGUAUUCAUCCUCCUCGCCGUCGUCACAUCCUCCGCCUUCUUGAUCUUCCCUUACAUCAGAUUCAUCGCCAUCAAAUCCCUAUCAAUCUUCUCCGACCUCUCUUGCUUACUCAAGCAAGAGAUCUUCCGCGACCCCGACCCGAUCGUGUACGGGCUAAUCGCGUGGAGCGUCUUGUGCACGGCCUUAUCCGGGUUGAUGAUUGUUCUGAUACUGUGUAGUCGUCGUCGUAGAUGUGGGAAACCUAAUUGUAGAGGGCUUGGGAGAGCCAAUGCUGAGUUUGAUAUUCAGAUUGAGAGUGAGGAUUGUUCUGUUAAGAGGUUGAAGAGUGGUCUUAUUAGUAAGAAGGGGUUGUUUGAGCUGGCUCGUGAUCGGAAUCGGGAGCUGGAGGCGGAGUUGAAGAAGAUGGCUCCGGAGAAUGGUAGGGCUGUGUUGGUUUAUAGGGCCAAGUGUGGGUGUUGUGUUGGGAGGUUGGUGGUUCCUGGGCCUAGGAAGAUCAAGAAAUGAAGAGUGGAAAGUUUGAUCUUUGGAUCAUUAUAGGUUAUGACGAUGAUGAUGUUCUCUGAUUAGCUUAUGAACAAGUUGUUAUUUUCUGGUUUAGUUUA